AUGGCCUCUCAGCAAGUGAUCACAGUCCAGCCCCAGUGUUCAAUGGCCCCACGGGCAGGAGAGUGGCAGUCAGGGCUGACGGACUGCUGCUCUGACUGUAACAUCUGUCUUUGUGGAACCUUCUGCUUCCCCUGCCUGGGGUGCCAAGUGGCUGAGGACAUGGAUGAGUGCUGCCUGUGUGGCCCCAGCGUGGCCAUGAGGACCCUCUACCGCACCAGAUACAACAUCCCGGGCUCCAUUCUGGGUGACUUUGCCUCCACCGUGUUCUGCCCCGCAUGUGCUCUCUGCCAGCUGAAGAGAGACAUCAACCAGAGGAAGGAGCUGGGCAUAUUCUGGUAA